AUGAAAAAAGUAUAAUCUUAACUUAAAAUAGAAUAAAUAGAUGAAAUUAAUAUAAAAGAAGAAGAUUCUCAUAAAAAAGAUAAGAAAAAUGUAAAAAAAAUAAAUAAAGUAAAAAUAAAUUAGAAAUCCAUAUUAUAACAAAAAUUUCAAGAAUUUCGAGUAAAUUAUAAUUAAAUAAAAUAAAAAAUAAUAUAUAAAUAAAAGAAAAAAACAAUAAGAUUAGUAGAAAAUAAUUUUUUUGAAACAAUAACUACAAUAUCAACUUUUUUUGCAUUGUAUGGAGAUAAUAUUCGAAUAGUUAGUUCAGAUAAAUAUCAUGACUAUAUUUUUUAUAAUUUAUCAUUUACAUGCUUUAUAAUAUUUUUGAUUGAAUUAAUUAUAAAUUCUAUAGCAAAAAAAUUCUAUUUAUUAAGUUUUUCCUUUUGGAUGGAUUGCAUUUCUACAAUUUCAUUGAUUUUCGAUAUUCCAUGGUUUUCUUAAUUUAUAUUUGAUAUUUCUUUUGAUAAUAACCAAGUAAAUUUUUUAAAAGCAGGAAGAGUUUCGAGAGUAACUACAAGAGCUUCGAGGUUGGUACGUUUUAUAAGACUUAUAAGAUUGGUAAAAUUGGGAAGACUAUAUAAACAUGCGUUUUAGGCUAUUGGAAAUAGAGUAAAUAAACAAAUAUAAAUUGAAAAUGAAUAAUAGGAAGAAGAUAAAUAAUAAAACGAAAAUUUAGAUUAAUAAGAUUUUAAUUAAAAUUCAUAAAUGGAAAAUGAUAAUAUUGAUAAAAAUAAUAGCAAUAAUAAUGAAAAUGAUAUUGAUAAUAAUAAUAAUAAUAAUAAUAAUAAAAAUAAUAAUAAUAAUAAUAAUAAUAAUAAUAAUUAUAAUAAUAACAAUACUAAUUAAUAAUACAUAAAUUUAUUUAAAGAUUAGUCUAAUUAAAACAUUACUGAGUCUAAAGUCGGAAAAAAGCUUUCUGAUUUGACUACUAAAAGGGUUAUUUUAUUAAUUUUUAGUAUAGUAUUGUCAAUUCCGCUUUUUUCAGUUGAAACAUAUGUCUAAAUAGACACUUCAUUUAAUACAGGACUGAAUUUUUUAUAAUAAAUUGAAAAUUAAAGUAUUAAUUAUUCAAAUUAAAAAUAUUUCUAUUCUUUAUUUUAGAAAAAUUAUUUGGAUAAAAAUAAGAAUUUGGAUAGAUAUAAAAUUAUUUUUUUAUAAAUUAGAGGCAUUAAAAUAUAUUAAGACUAAUUAAAUAAUGAAUUGAGAGAAGUUGAAAAAAGCUAUUAUAGAUUAAAUGAUCAUGAUCCUAAUAUUGAAUCAUAUUCGAUUGUUUCUUUAAAAGAUGACUAAGAUCUAUCAGCUAUUCUCGAAAUUGUAAGAACCACAUAUUUGAUUAUCAUUUUAGCUUGUGCUUCUAUAUAUUUUACUAAAGAUUCUAAUGAAAUGGUUGUUGAUCCUAUAGAAAGAAUGCUUGCUAAAGUAUAACUUAUUAGUGAAAAUCCUUUGGAAGCGGCCAGAAUUGCUGAAGAUGAGGCUAUAGCAGAAUAAGAGUUAGUUAAAAAUUUAAACCCUCAAGAACUUCAAUUAUUAUAAAAAUAAAAAACAUAUGAAACUUCUAUUUUAGAAAGUACUAUUAUUAAAUUCGGAGCUUUAUUGGCUAUUGGAUUCGGGGAAGCUGGCUCUGAAAUUAUAGGAUAAAAUAUGAGUGGAGAUGGAAAUGUUAAUCCUAUGAUUCCUGGUAGAAAAAUAAUGGCAAUUUUCGGAUUUGUCGCAAUUCAUAAUUUUUCUGAUGUAACAUAAGUUUUGUAAGAAAAAAUUAUGAUUUUUGCAAAUGAAAUAGCUGAAAUUGUUCAUAAUGUAUGUGAUUCAUUUCAUGGGUAGACGAAUAAAAAUUUAGGGGAUUGCUUUUUGGUGGUAUGGAAAUUCAAAAAAAAUGAAAAACUUGUUUACUUAAAUAAAAACGAAGAAUUGUGUAUAAAUAAAUAAGCUUUUAGUUAAAAUUAUACAGACCUUUCUAUUGUUGGAUUUCUUAAAAUAAUAGCUUGUACACACAAGUUAUCUCAGACAUAAAGAUUUUAAGGUCAUCUAUAAUUAAUAAAAUAAUAAUACCCUAAUUUUUCUUUAAAACUUGGAUUUGGCCUACAUUUAGGAUGGGGUAUAGAAGGAUCAAUAGGAUCAGAUUUUAAAAUAGACGCUAGUUAUUUAAGCCCGAAUGUAAAUUUAGCAAGUAGAUUAGAAUGUGCAACUAAAUAAUAUGGAUUAUAUAUAUUACUUUCCGGAGCUGUAUAUAGAUUAUUAUCUGAUAAGUGUUAGAGUUAUUUAAGACAUAUUGAUAGAGUUACAGUUAAAGGAAGUGAUUAGCCUAUGGAUUUAUAUACAUGCGAUGUAGAUCCUAAUUAAUUAUAGUUAAAAAUAUAUAAUUUAAAAAAAUAACUUGAGUAAAAUGAUAAAAAUAAGAAAAUUCUUAGAUUUAUUUAAAGGUAGAAAAAAGAUGAGAGAUAUAUAAAAAUAAUAAAAAACAAUAUUUAAAUUAAUAAAAUGUUUGAAAUUGAUAAUGAUAUAAUGGUUAUGAGAUAAAAAUUUAGUCCUUAAUUCUUUAAUGCAUUUCAUGAAGGAUUAUAAUAAUAUUUAGAUGGAUAUUGGGAUUAAGCUAAUAUAUAUUUUUAGAAAGCUAAUGUUUAUAAUUUUAUUUAUAAAAUUAAAUUUUUUAUUAAUAUUUUUUUAGUUUAUAUUAUAAUAAAUUAAUCCUGA